CGUUGCCGGAUCUUGGACUGAUAAUGAUCUCGGAAAAGUAGAUCAAAUGUUAUGAAGUUUAUUUGUGUUUUGACAUGAGGCAACGUGUUUUUGAAUUUAAAAUUGUGAUACCCGAAGUGUGAGAAGAAAAUUGAUCAUGAAGUUCUCUUAUAAAUUGAAUAACCUGUUAGGGACAGUCUACAAAAAAGGAAACUUAAUCUUCACACCUGAUGGCAAUUCAGUGAUAAGCCCUGUAGGAAACAGAAUCACGAUUUUUAAUUUACGCAAUAACAAAUCCACUACACUGCCUAUAGAAAGCAGGUACAAUUACGAAGCUGUAGGUCUUAGCCCUGAUGGAUUCACACUUCUUACUGUCAAUGAGGUAGGAGAAGCCAAUAUUAUCAGUCUAAUAUCACAAACUGUUGUGUAUCGGUAUCAGUUCAAGAGGAAAGUUAGAGCUGUCAAGUUCAGUCCUGAUGGUAAGCAUUUCGCAGUCUGCAAGGAAAACAAUGUUUUCGUCUUCAAGGCACCUAAUUCAAAGAAUAUCCAGUACAAUGGCUUUGUCAUGGAAAGAGUGUUUCAUGGAGCCUAUGAUGAAACAACAUGCCUAGAUUGGUCAAGCGAUUCUAAAAUACUUGCUGUAGGCUCAAAAGAUAUGGCUACAAAAUUAUAUCCAUUAGAUAAAUGGAAGAACUUUAGGUUGUGCUCACUUGGUAGUCAUACAGAAGGAAUUGUAGGUUGCUUCUUUGAAGAGGGCUCUUAUGAUAUAACAACAAUCAGUAGAAAUGGGCAGUUAUGCAUCUGGGAAAGUACUGUAGAACCUCAGGAUCUGAUACCUUUGAAUGAAAUACCAGUGAAUAAAAAGAAGAAAAAGAAUGAUGAUGAUGAAGAUGAUGUUAACAUAGCAGAUAGUAUAGAAAGGACAGAAGAAGAAACAGUUGCAGCCUUAGAACAACUAGAAGUUAAUGAUACAAAUAAUAAAGAAAACAAAAUGUUUUAUAAAAGAGUAGCAAAACAUUUUGUUGCAGAUGAAGUAAGGAAAAACAAUAGAGAUGCAUUAUUAACAUCUGCAGCAUAUCAUAAAACAUUGAAAAUAUUGGUGACAGGGUACUCAACUGGGGAGUUUUUCAUCCAUGAGUUGCCUGAUGUUAAUCAAAUACAUUCACUGAGCAUUUCUGAUGAAAAGAUCAAAUCUAUUUCUUUGAAUGAUACAGGUGAUUGGAUAGCACUUGGUUGUGGUGGAUCAGGUCAGCUGUUGGUAUGGGAAUGGCAGAGUGAAACAUACAUAAUGAAGCAGCAAGGUCAUUCAAGCAACAUGUCCUGUAUCAGCUAUUCCGGAGAUGGGCAAAUGAUUGUGACAGGAGGUGAGGAUGGUAAAGUGAAACUAUGGAAUAUCCAUUCUGGUUUUUGCUUUGUCACAUUUACUGAACAUACAAAUGCAGUCAGUGAUGUAGCUAUUAGUGGAGCAAAGAGGUUUGUUGUAUCAGCCUCUUAUGAUGGAACUGUCAGGACCUAUGACCUCAAGAGUAAACUAAACAUGAUGCUUUCGUCCGUCCGACCAAAAAGACAGCCAAUCAUGGACCGCUGUUUCGUGCUUCUUGGCUACUCAUCAGCAUGAUCUAGGCUUGGUCUCUUAUGUCUGGACGAACGAAUGAAAAUAUCGUAACUAUCCUCGACACCAGAGGUACGGUCUAUUGAAGUACCGAAACUUCCGCACUUUCACAUCGACGAAGCCAGUUCAGUUCUCGUGUGUCUCGGUGGACAGUAGCGGGGAAUUCGUGGCAGCAGGCGGUCAAGACGUCUUCGAGAUCUGUUUGUGGUCAGUCAAAACGGGCAGACUGCUUGAAGUAUUAGCAGGUCACGAAGGUCCUGUUUCUAGCCUCACUUUUAGCCCCAUCAUCAGCAAUACCACCUUGGUGUCAGUUUCUUGGGAUAAAACGUUGAAGACCUGGGACGCUAUUGAGAAGGGCUCUGCACAUGAGGCUAUAGAGCUUAUAGCAGAUGGCACUUGCGUAGCUUACAAACCUGAUGGACAAGAAGUGGCUGUAGCUACGUUGGACGGUCAGAUUUCGGUGUUUCAUAUAAAAACUGCUGCACAAUUAUAUUCGAUAGAAGGUAGAAACGAUUUGGGUAGUGGCCGUUCGGAUACUGACCUAAUAACAGCAAAGAAAACUCUGCAGGCCAAGUGCUUCACUAGUCUUUGCUACUCGGCGGACGGCGAGUAUCUACUGGCGGGUGGGCACUCCAAGAAUGUCUGCAUCUACUAUGUCAAAGAAGCGUUACUUUUAAAGAAAUUUGAAAUCACACAAAAUCACUCGUUAGAUGCCGUUGAUGAUUUUAUUAAUAGGAGGAAAUUGACGGAGUUUGGAAACAUCGCCCUCGUCGAGGAACGGGAGGAGAAAGAGGGAGGAAAAGUACAAAUAAAACUUCCAGGUGUUCGUAAAGGUGACAUGGCAAGCCGAGUUUUCAAACCAGAAGUUAGGGUGUACUCUCUACAGUUUGCACCUACAGGUCAACACUGGGCGGCCGCCACUACAGAAGGCCUACUGGUGUACUCACUAAAUGCUGGGCUUGUAUUUGAUCCGUGGCAACUUAGAAUAGGUAUCACACCCGAAGCAGUAAGAAAUGCAACUAGGGAAGGAAAUCACAUUGAAGCUCUAGCCAUGGCCAUGAAGCUGAAUGAAGCAGCCCUAAUACAAGAGACCAUCGAGAAAAUCCCUGUUAAAGACAUAGAACUGGUUAUAUUGGAUCUUACAGAAGACUAUAUCAAAAGACUCAUACUGAUCAUCUCAGGCUUCAUAGAUAAUUCAAGACACUUGGAGUAUUACAUUUGCUGGGCUCAGCAGAUUUUGACGUUGCAUCUUCCGAAAAUAAAUGUUCAACAGAAUCUUCCCGCCCUACUGAGUUUAGAAAAGAGUAUGAUUAGGAAAUAUGAACAGUUGUCAAAAAUAUGCGAUCAUAAUAAGUAUACACUGAGGUAUAUUGAGAGGUUAGGGAGUCUGAAAAAAGAAAUUAAGCAAGAAGAAAAAAUGGAAACCGAGAGCGAAAAUGAAAGUAAUGCAGACAGCGAUUUUGAAACUUCACAAGAUGUGUAGAAAUAAACAUAUAUGUUUUAAAAGAACCAG